AUGGGCCAGGAUAAGUGACCGGAAAUGAACAUCUGCCAACCGGCCGGAAGGAGAGAAGGGGAGGGGGAGGAGGCGUAAGCUCAUCCAGGACCCCGUAGAGGGGUCCUCCCAGGUCUGGUCAUGAAGCUGAAGCUGAAGAACGUUUUUCUCGUCUAUUUUUUGGUGUCCCUCACCGGCCUCCUCUAUGCCCUCCUGCAGCUUGGCCAGCCCUGUGACUGCUCCCCACACCUUCGAGCAGCUGCCGAGCACCUUCGCAGGAAAGACCUGAAGAUCUCCCAGCUGCAAGCUGAGCUUGGUCGGCCACCCCCUGCUCCCGCCCAGCCCCCUGAACCUGAGGCUUUGCCCGCCAUCUAUGUUGUGACCCCUACCUAUGCCAGGCUGGUGCAGAAGGCCGAGCUGGUUCGCCUGUCACAGACCCUGUCCUUGGUGCCCAGACUUCACUGGGUGGUGGUAGAGGAUGCUGAGGCCCCUACCCCACUGGUCUCGGGACUGCUGGCUGCCUCUGGCCUCCGGUUCACUCACCUGGUAGUCCUCACACCCAAGGGACAGCGGCUUCGAGAAGGGGAGCCAGGCUGGGUCCGGCCCCGGGGUGUGGAGCAGCGGAACAGAGCCCUGGAUUGGCUCAGGGGAAAAGAGACUGCAGUUGGUGGGGAAAGGGACCCACCUCCUGAAGGGGCUCGUGGGGUUGUGUACUUUGCUGAUGAUGACAACACCUAUAGCCGGGAGCUCUUUGAGGAGAUGAGGGCAACCCGAGGUGUCUCUGUGUGGCCUGUGGGACUGGUCGGUGGCCUGCGGUUUGAGGGGCCCCAAGUGCAGGGGGGCCAGGUGGUUGGCUUUCACACAGCCUGGGAGCCCGAGCGGCCCUUCCCUCUGGACAUGGCCGGCUUUGCUGUAUCGCUGCCCCUUCUCUUGUCUCGGCCCGGUGCCCGGUUUGACCCGACGGCCCCCCGGGGCCAUCUAGAGAGCAGUCUCCUCAGCCAUCUCAUUGACCCCAAGGAUCUGGAGCCCCGGGCUUCGAACUGCACACGGGUGCUGGUGUGGCACACAAGAACAGAGAAACCCAAGAUGAAACAGGAAGAACAGCUGCAGAGGCUAGGACGGGGCUCAGACCCCGGCAUCGAGGUGUGACCCAAGAGGCUGACACUCUUGGGGA